AUGCCAAUCAACACCAUCCGCCUGAAUCACCAAAAAUCCUCCCACCCCAACGAUCGCAUAAUCUUCAUCAAACCCCUACCCCGCCCACCCACACAACAAGCCGAGCACGACAUAGCCGACACGUUCCUCCGGGCCAUCGCCGCACAAUGCCUGCCAAUCACCAAGAAGCAUUGGCUUUCCGUCACUACCCUGGAAGAAUACGAGCCGAAUCGGGAGUUCAUGGGCCGGAACUUCAACCAUGGAGAAUGUAUCCAACUGGUGCUACGGUCUAAGUCUGGGGCAUGGCUACCGUUCAACAUGGUGCAGAUGGUGAUGAUGCACGAAUUGGCGCAUAAUGUUGAGAUGAACCACAGUAAGCGGUUUUGGGCGAAGCGGAAUGAGUUUGCGGGAGAGAUGAGGGAGUUGUGGGCUAAGGGCUAUACCGGGGAGGGGUUCUGGGGCAGUGGAAGGGUCAUGGGGGAUAUGCAUAGCGUCAUGGGGAACAAUGUGGUGGCGAGCGCAGAGAUAGGCGAUUUGCCGUUGUGUGGUGGGACGUAUCGGAGUCGGCGGCGGAAGAGGAAGGUGGCAACAAAUGCAGAUGGGAAGGAGUUGUCUUGGAAGGAGAAGAAGGAGCGGAGGAUUGAGAAGAAGUUUGGCAAGAAUGGUGUAAGCUUAGGGACUGAUGAGGACACGAGGAUGGGGUAUGAGAUCGGGAAGGGACCGAUAGGUGGGAACCCGAGGGUGGCGCAGAGUAAGCGUGGGCGGGAGUUGAGGGCUGCUGCUGCGCUGGCGAGGUUUGAGCAAAGUAAGCAGGCGGUGAAGGCCGAGCAGUCCGAUCAGGAAGACGGUGUGCAUAGCGAUGACUAUGAGGACGCUGAUGCGGGGUUGGACGACGCGACCGAUCGCGAUGGCCGACGGCUCACUGAUGCCAAAGGAGAUUCCAUGAUCCGAGUCUGUGGCGACGAAGAGUCAGACGACAUUCAAGUAAAGCAAGAGCUAGAAGAGCUCGAAGGACUCGAACGCUACUUCCCUCGAGUACGGCAAUCCACCCCGUCCGGUCUGCAGGACGGAUCUGCAGAUCGAGAAGACGACGACAGGUCGAAUGCCACAACCGAGACUGCCUCGCCCUCACCAAGUCCCGAAUCGUCCAGCAGGCCAUCGAAGCAUGCAUCAGACACUGCCCCUGACGACCACCAAACCGAAACAGUUGACCUGACAGUCAAGGACACAACAGACAACAGCGUUCGAGACGAUCCUACCUCUGCCCAGCCAACAGUACCGCCGAGAACUUCAUCAGACACAACCGUACCUCCCCACCAUAACGAACUCGCCACGUCAUCAUCGGCAGCAGCAGCGGAAAUACCCUGCCAGCGCCCACCUGUACAGCCUGCGGGCACGUGCUCGACAAGCGGAAAGAUCCCAGAUCAUGGGGCUGCAGGUCAGACGUGUGCAAGGCUUCAGGGUAUGUCAAUGCGGGAGACGCGGGAGUUUGUGGUCUUUGCGGAAGCCGUCGAUCUUCGCAAUAGCAGAUUCUGUGCAUAUAAGGGGUAUCUCAGAAAUGCUCUGCUGUCGUCGUCAAUGACUGCUCGUUUGCUUGCUCGCUAA